AUGAAGACUGCAAGAGCCUUGUACCGAAAAGACAAAGAAAUUCUAGAUCGUGAAUCAGGCGAGCCUAUAAAGAUCAUACAUUGGCCUGCGACUAAGCAGCAAAAGGAAAUUCCUAUCCCUCAACACUUCCAUGAAGGAUAUCUUGAUAAAAUGGAAUUUUGGGCUUAUGAUGACGAAACUGCAACUGCUGCUAUCAAAUUCAAGGAUCAGGAACAAGUUCAGAGGUUGAUAAGUGCCAAAGAUCUUCUUCGAUUCAGAGAGAGGAGGGAUAUCCGAACUUUGGCUCGUCACCAAAUCAUCUGCAGAAAAGACGUUAUGGAAGCAGCUGCCAAAGAGUUUACUGCAAUGGUGGCUACAAUCAUUAACGGAAGGUUGUGGAUGGGCUUGAUGGGAAGAUCAGAUCUAAAGCUGUAUGAGAAGCCAACCAAGAUGUCAAAUGAAUGA